AUGGGCAGCCGGCCCCGCAGCCCCAGCGCCUACCCUGAGCCCUGCUGGGGACCGCCGCCCGGAGGACCCCGCCCUACCAAGCGCCGCCGAACCGAGGAACCUGCGGGUCUGGAAGGCCUGGUGGGGGGGGGGGGGGGGGGGCCGGCCGCCGGCGCACUCACCUCCGUGGUGGCCCUGGCCAUCGGCUGUGCCCUGCAGCUGCUCCUGGACGACGUCGACCUGGUGCUCGAGCCCGAGCCAACGUCGGCCCUGCAAGUGACCCUCGGAGAGCUCACCCUCGUGCUGGUCCCCGAGGCUCUCCUGCGCUCGGGAGGGCAGGACCACUCUCCUGCCGGCCUGGAACUGGGCGCUUUCCUGAACGCGCCCGGGCACCAAGUCGCCGUCGAGCAGGGAUUCUUCUGCGCUCCUGUCCCAGAGAUGGCCGCCCAAGAAGAGGCCUACGAGGAAGACGCGGACCCCCAGUUACUGCCGCCCCGGACGGACCCUGCUGCGGGCUCCGUCCUUGAGCUCCGCCCCUGCGCUGGAAGGGUGGCCAGCCCCCACCCGCAGGGCCCCGUACCAGAUCCCUGGCCUUGGGCCCCCACCCCUAGUCCAAAGAGACGCUCUCUUCUCCGCUACUUCAACCUGGACGCCCACCUUCUGGAGCCCUUCCCCAACUCGCCACUCCAACCUCUACCUCCCUCUCCGAGUCCAGGUCCCCACGCGCGCCCCCAGCGCCCCCCGGGUGCCUCCCGCAAGGCCCGGAGACGCCUGUUCCAGGAAUGA